AUGUUAUUUUUCCAUUUUGCCUUAUGGCACACAUGGAAAAACCGCUGCAAAAAGGUCUUUGAGGAUAGUCCUUCUCACAUUACUCUCUCUAAUCCUUUUAUUUGUAAAGCUGCUAAUGAUUGGAUUUGUGCCAAUUUGAGUUCUCACUGUAAGGAUGCCAAGGUUGAGGUCUUCCUUGCUUGGGAUUUUCCUCCUGUUGGGUGGUGGAAACUGAAUACUAAUGGUUGCCGGAAAGGUGAGGAAGGGAUUAUUUGUACUGGGGGCUUAAUUCGAAAUGUUAAUGGGGACUGGAUUGGUGGUUUCUCUGCUAAUAUUGGGAUUGGUUUUGUUUUACAAGGCGGAAAUAUUAUUCAAGGCAAAACAAAAAGAGGAAAACCAUUAUACAUGGCUCCUCAAGUGAACAAUGCCCACAGUUGGUUCUAG